GCGUUUCCUGUGUGUCUCUGUGUGUAUGUUACCAGCUGAUGUAUUUGGAGCGAGGAGAAUGAUGCAGAGCAGAUAUCUCCAGAGGAUGCUUACACGGUUUUGCACCAACUUGUGAUUUCAGUACUCCAAAAUGGAAGAUAUAAAAGAGAGCUUAGCGUUUAAAGGUGUUGCUGAGAGGCUGACGCUGGGCAUUACUCGAAUACUCGAAAACAUGCCAGGCGUGGUCGAUGUACGUUUCGUAGAGAGGGAGCCUGCGGAGAAGAGGAGCCUGCUAUCAUGGGAACAGAAAAACACUUGUAUUUUGCCGGAAGACCUGCGAGAUUUCUAUUUGACAACGGAUGGAUUUACACUAACCUGGAGCGUUAAACUAGACAAUGAGUGUGUUCCCUUAGGAUGCAUGAUGGUUAACAGUGUGGCCAGGCUAUGCCCACUGCUCCAGCCAGUAUCACUUUUCUCUCUUCCUAAUGCACCCUCAUUGGCUGACCUGGACUGGGAGGAAAACAGCACAGAAAGUGGGUCGGAGCGUGCCCCUGCUGCACCCCAUUUUGAUGCCCGGAGCCGCAUCUUCGAGUUGGAUUCGUGUGGUGGGAAUGGCAAGGUGUGCUUGGUCUACAAAAACUGCACUCCAGGUGUGGUAGCCCAGCAGAGUGAAAUCUGGUUCCUCGAUCGCUCUCUGUGCUGGCAUUUUCUGACAGCAACCUUCACCUCUUACUACCGACUGAUGAUAACCCACCUGGGUCUGCCUGAAUGGCAGUAUGCCUUCACUCCUUAUGGCCCCAGCCCCCAAGCCAAGCAGUGGGCAUCCCUGUACCAACCGCUGACCUUCAGCAGUGAGCUCAGCGUGGCUGAUCCUGCCGGAGAUACUUAUCUCAACAAGCUGGAUCCCACUAGGGCUUUUAAAGGCAAAGCCAAGGUACCGGCCCCAAAGAAGAAGCAGUCAACACAAUGCAGCUCAGGGAGCUCAGCCAAGAGCCAAGGGAGCACAGGAAGACACAGUGGGACAAAGCGGUGAGAAGGUUCCCACUCAAAGAAAACAUCAUAAUCAUGUGCACAUGACCAACAUGGCUUAGAAGAGCGGUCAGCAAUUCCUUCAUUGGCUAGACAUCUUCGAAUGCUGAAUGUCUAAAUAGACGCAUAACCAGGGUUUUCUUGGAUCAGCAUAUGGCUAAAAUGGUACCACCUGUUGGAGGCAGCAUGGCAGGUAACACUGUGUUUCUGACUGUAGUUAUGUUUAGGUGGUUAAAAAAAUAUCUUGCCUGCCUCACAUUUAGAUAGACAUGGAAAAUCCUGAUAGCUCAAGUAUUGUUGUUUACCUCUCACUGCUACAGGUUAGUAGCCAAGUGCAUCAGCAACAUAUUCAUUAUUUGCAGCCUCAUUUAACACAGUGUUCACUAGUGACACCUCCUGGUGAAAAUAAUUCAAAGCAGCCAAUUCAUAAACUGUGAUCAUGUGCUGCUGGCAUA